AUGCUGACCGUCUUUCUAUAUUUGGUCGUCUUUCCAAUUUUUGCCUUUUCGCAGUUUUUAUCCUAUGAUGCAAUUCGAAUGAGGGUACCAGGACGUUGUAUGUCGGGUGAUUAUGAUUGCGGGUUAGGUCAGUGUGUUCCGAUUUCACAAUUUCGAGAUGGAAAACCAGACUGUAUGGAUGGUAGCGAUGAAUGGUGUUUCAUCGGUCAAGUUAGUUGUGGUCCAGUGUAUUGUGCAGACUACAAAGAUGCAUUUCCAUGUAUCCUAUAUCCAAAAUGUGACGGGUCCACAAAACAAUUACCCUGGUGUUCAGCAUCCAAAGAAAAGCUAUGUGCUGAUAAAACAUCGUUUCCGUGUAAGGGUUAUGGAGAAUGUGUUUUAUGGGAAUGGCUGUUGGAUGGAAAAAAGGAUUGUAUUGAUGGAAGUGAUGAAGAUGAAAACUAUGUUAUGCCACUCGAACAUGCAUAUCGUUGCGCUCGUAACCAGACCGGUCUGUUUCUCCCAAAACCCAUCCCACCACCACCUGAAGAUCAUCCAUCGCUUUAUGUGGAAGGUUGCUCGAUGUGCUCAAAACCACCCGCAUCUCUCGUCCCGUCCACUUCGAUUUCAUCAGAAGGAACAAUGGACCACACCACACCAAAGUACCCUUUCAUCACAUCCUCACCUUCAGGAAAUACACAACCACCGCUGAGCAAUUUCCCAAUUUUUCCCAACGAGCAAGAGACACGACCCGGGGAUUUCUUUUCAGUAAAUGUUCCAUCUGGUGUUGAGAUCUCGAGAGUAACUAGUUCUCAAAAACCAAACGAACCAAUUGGAGAGUUCUUUCCAUCACACUCAUCAACACCACUUCCGCCUCUCACAGAUGCCACAACCCAAUCUCAUACAUUUCGUCUAAUCACAAUCCCAUCCAUAAGUCAAACGCAAUUCCCUCAAGCACCACUCAUCUUUCCGGGACGUCCAGAUUUGCCACCCAUCACUGCAGCGCCUUCACCUCUAAACAAUUGGCCAAUUCCAAUUGUGACCACCACACCGGAUUCACAUCAUCAAGGUCCACUUCCGCCGAUUACCUACCCGACUAUCGAGGAAGGGGGUUCCGCCAAGAUUCCACCUAUAAGACCGGGUAUCAUUAUAAGUCGACCUGUGACUCCAAAAAAGCCAGUGGAUUUGCCUGAAGAUGAUGAUGAUUACUAUGGGGAUAGGGGAGGAGGAGGAUCACCACCAGGAAUAAAUCCAUUUGAUCUACCGACACGUCCACCGGCCACAUUUGCUCCAAGUGUGUUCCAGACUGCUGGACCAGUUGGUUUUCGCCCAAUCACCAAACCUAGUGAAGAACCUGUUGAAAACGAAUCGGGAUAUGGAGAAAGCCCCAACAAAGGAAUCGUUGACACAUUAGUCCCUCUAAUAUCAGGCCGUGUGUUGCCCAGCAUACCAACACGGAGGCCUCUAACAAUCCCAAGUUAUUUCACCUCACCUCCAUCUCCACAUUUCCCAAACAUGCCAGAAUAUCACACAACACGCCCAACUGGUGGAAUGCUACCAACUCUAAUUCCUCAGACAGAAGUUGACAAAUAUCUUCAAACGCAGAUUCCUUCAUUAAAACCAGGAGCUACCAGAAAACCAGAAGGCUUCAUCGAAGAGAAACCACUGACACCACAACCUACACAUUCUCCAGAAGUACCAGGACCUGGGACGAGUGAGAAAGAGGAAGUGGACCAGGAAUCAAGCAAAGCAACAACAACGCGAUCAAAGAUCAUUCACGUUGGACCAAAUGGAGUUGUAGAGGAAAACGAGAAAAAUUUGCCGGGGUCUGACAGAGAAGGUGUACGGAGCGGAACAGGAAUCGAAAGUGGCACGGAAUCAGUUACCGGAUCCGACAAAAUAAUUCACAUUGGCCCUACAGUUCAAACAACUCAGUCUACUUUAGAGCCUUCCAGUAGUUCUACAGCAUCAAGCAGUUCGGAAGCUAGUACUGUAUCCUCUUCAACAUUACAAACAACGACUGUAAAAACUGGAGAUCCAAAAAUCGACGAAUGUCUCUCAAAAAUGUCAGACUCUGGGACAUAUGUUGUUUGUGAUUGUCCUAAUGGCCAGUUAAGAAACUCAGGAACAGGUAAUUGUGAAGGUAAGUCACUUAGCCAUACGUCAAAGUUAAUUGUGGUUGAUUCAGAAACGCUAUCACUAAUGAAUAUCAAAGUUAAUGUUGGAACCAUUUGUAACACCGACAAAGCUUCGUUUGAGCAGAAGCAAAGAAUAUUGCACCAGAAGAAGAAGAGUUCUCAGAUUGCUCAAUCCUACCGAUCUUGCAUCCGCUCUUCGGAGCAUGAAAACGCAUUAAUUGCAACGAUUGAUUGUAAGGAAUGUGAUGUGCAGGAAGUGAACCGACUGAUAACGACCAGAUCCUUUGGAGAGCCAGGCACUUUGAAUGUUACCGCUGAAGGUGAUUUCGAAAUUCGUUCGUUUUUAAAAGUUAUUUUUUCAGCACUUGGUUCAAGUCUCUGCUCUGAUUCCGAUUUCAAUCACUGUCACGUCUACUCGGAUUGUGUUAUAGACAAUGAAAAUCUCCGAUAUGCCUGUCGCUGCAAGAAAGGAACCACAGACACGUCUGAAGGGUACGGUAGAACCUGUGAGGGGUUUCCAGAGGAGUCUGAUUGCAUAUUGAUUUUGGGAAUCUGCUUGAUUGUUUGGUUGUUAUUCUUACUUGGAACGCUAAUGCUAUCACUACUAUUCUGCAUUUUGUGUUAUGCACUUUGUCGAAACCGAUGCUGUCGACAAAUCGCUAUUCAUCCAGCGAACGCAGAUGGCUUACAAACAGUGGUCAUUGGACCGAAAGCCGCCAAAAGUCUAGACCCCAACCGUGAACGUCUCCCUCAUAUGAAAGCAAUAUUUGCGGAGAGCUUGAAACAUAGUGCUAAAGGAUCCACAUCAGUUGCCAGUGCUUUCGCUCUAGCUGAUUUCAGGCGGAAGAAAGUUUCAAGACCACCAGAUAUGAGUCAGGUUAUUGAAGAAACUGCUGAGUUCCCGGUCCCGAAAUUGUCAACUUCUGAGUCAAUGCCAAAAGUCAAUAGCCUUGCAAAACUAUCAACGAACUCUGAGCCUCCGACACCCGUAGGAGUAAUCGAAACGCCGAUUCUUGAGAAGAACUCAAGCUCUGUGUCGCUUGUUUCCGCAAACGACAACGCACCUCAACUUCCCAGUUUACCACUGCCUCUUCCUGUCCCAAUCACUACAAAUGCUUCAACAACAAAUUUAGAAGACGCGGGUUCGAGCAACGAAAAAAGAGCAGGCAGCGCUCCUCACGAACAACAUGUGCCGGAAGCGGAAAGACCAGCGUCAUCACAUUCAAUCGGUGUGCAGCCAACCAUCUGGGAGACGUAUCGGGUACUGGGACAACAAUACUCGAAAUCUGAUCUGACUGAGAGAAAACCGAGCGUAGAUUCUUUGGAACAAAUGUUCGAAGCAAGGUUAGCUGAAACUGCGAGGACAGCGAAGACAAUACCAACUGUCAGGACAGAGAAGUCAGACACUUCUGCAAUAACGUUCACAGCCAAACCCAACAAAGAGAAGACAGAUGAACCACCACCGACUGUUUCAAAGGAAGGGAAGACAUUACCUAAUCCUUCGGAAACCAAAGAAGAGAAAGCAGCCGCUGUUGCAGAGCAGAUCGAACAUAACCUGGAAGAGCAAGAAGAAACAAAAUUAAAAGAAACCGAUUCAAAACUGGCAGAUAUGAUUGGAGUUACUAAUUUUCACACUUCUAAAGAUGUGUCUCCGUCCCGACCGGAUUCUGGGGAAGGACCAUCCAAAGAACCCGUAGCACCAUGGGUUCUAGUUGAGGAUAGGCCGAUUGCAGACACCCUGGAAAAAUCUCUGGAAGCAGCGUUGCUGGUCGAGAUGGCAAAGCGUGGAAUUGAGUUGCCACUGUCCCCUAAAUCAGAUACCCCGCUCGUCAAAGACUUGGAGAAAGUUGUGAUAGAUCCAGCAUCUCAAGUAAUCAAGCCAGCUGCUCCUGUCGAUCCAGCAGAAGAUUCUGAUAUCAUCCCAGUGCCUCCGAAAAAGCCAGAGACUCCUAAAAAACCAGAAAGCCGAAAAUCGUCUGCGAAACCCAUGAGUGCGUCAUCACGUCGGUCGAAAAUCCCGAGCACGUCGCAUUCGCGUGUGGGCAGUGCGAAGCAGAUUGGUGAACAGGAUAAUGAGGAGCCGGAAGUGUUUGUUCCACUAGGAGCCAAAACAAUUCUCCAAGACAAGAAGCGAUUAUUACGACGAAGUGGUGGGGCUGGUGGCAGUGAAUUAAUUCCAUCGACAGAUGAGAGUGAUCCUGAAAUCGCAUUCUUCAAGCGUCUGGAGAAAAUGAAGCAAGACCCGAUGCGUUAUCCGGUGCAUCCCUAUCGAAAAUAUGUGCGAAGGAGGAGACCAGAAAGAACACUGUCUAGUAUAUCGGAAAAAAGCGCUGAAAUCGCCGCAGAGGCUGCACUAGAAUAUCCACAGGAUACUUCAAUAUCGUGUCCACCAACAACAAGAGCAUUCCUCGAAGCACCACCACCUCCCCGUCCACGAUACAACUUCAGACGUAAAGUUAUCGAAGCAGCCGACGAGACAUCUGAUGUGGACCUUCCGAGACUUUCACCUGCACGACAUCCACAUCCAGUGGUUAGCUCACCAGAGAUUCCAGAUGUAACGUUGCAGAGGUCCAUGGAAAAUUUGCAUAAAACAGAGAUGAAAAAUACGAAACCCCCAUUCCAUCCACAAACACCAACAAAGAAAAGCGCAUUGCUGAAGAAAAAGCCUAGCAAGAGUGGCUCCGCCGCUCCCUCUGCAUCCAGCAUUCACAGCAGCCGACAUAGUAGCAAAUUUGCCUCGAAGGCUACAACUCCUCGUGGUGAUGAAACGCCUUCUUCACUGACUUCUAGAAGUACAAGGCAUUCUGUAAUCAGCCGGAAAAUUGCAAUCAGAAGACAAGAGCUGAAAGCUGUCACCGGAUCAGCUCGUGAUUUGUCAUGUUCGAGAAUCAACAGUCGAGUCACACCUACACAUGCUUUGCGAGCUGCAAAAUCUGUUGGGGACCUGUCCAAACCAUUGAAACCCAAUUGGGACAUCAGCCCGUACCGAGACACUCCUGGACCCUCAACCUUCUUGCCUCCAAUCACACCAUCCCGCGGCGGAGCAAGAACCACCUUGACCUCCCCACAACCCAGACAUCGCCGAAGUGACAGUCACUUCUCCAACACCUCGCUCCCACUAAUAUCUCAUUCGCCCACUUCUUUCUGGAGUUCUCCUUAUUUUAAUCCCUCGGAAGAUACCAAAAAACCGCCGAAAGAAGAUUUAUGGUGGAAUCCAAAUAAGCGCAUGUGA